AUGCGUGACGAAGCCCACGCAAUUUUGCUCAACAACGUCACGCCGCUGUUCUUCUGCAUCUACGCAUCUCUUGUCGCGAGUUUCGGAACACGAAUUUGCCUCAAGGUACACUGGGCUCUGUUCGACAGACGUGCCGAUGUACCCCCCUCCGUAUUCGAAGUUCCUGCAGGUACACGAAACGUGUUCCCGGCGGCCAACUUCAACCGCGAUGUCACAACCAACUGGUGGGACACGGAGGUUCUUGAUGACCACGACGCGGAGGCAUCAUCAGAGCUGGCCGUGUCACUGAAGAAUGCUUCGUUCAUCGUAUUGGACCAGGAAUUCUACCAACUCCUCGAGAAUGAUGAAGGAGAUAUCUCGGCCACGGUGGAGAAAAAUCUUCGAAUUCCCUUCUGGCCCUUCGUUUCUCAGAUGCCAUGGGUCUGGCGCGUCAACCUCAACGAGAGCACCCCUACCACGGAGAAGGUCUACCCUUUGCCGCCACUUACCCUCGCCAACGGCGCCUACUAUCACAAUGGCGGCAUCUACUGGGCUCAGGGGGGCAACUACACGACCCCGGGCGGCAUCGUCCGCAUGGACCCGGUGACGCUGCAGACCGACGUCGUCCUCAACAACUUCAUGGGCCACCGCUUCAACAGCCCCAACGACGUGGUCGUCACCCGCAGCGGUAUAGCCUACUUCACCGACGGCUACUACGGCUUCGACAACUUCAACGACACUCUCCGGCCCGAGCUCGCCAACGGCCUGUGGCGCUGGGAUAUGAGGACGGGUGACCUGCGUAUGGUUGCUGGCGCCGCGGGAAGGCCUUUUGUGAACCCUAACGGCGUCGCGCUCAAUCUUGCUGAGGACAGGAUCUACGUCACCAACCGCGGAAACGCGUCGGACAACCCGGCUGGCGGCCGUACCAUACACGAAUUUGAGCUACACGAUGAGGGGUCGGGGGUUCCCGUGCGCGGGGGUGACGUGUUUGCGUAUGCUGAUGCUGGGUUCCCGGACGGCGUCAAGCUUGAUGGGGACGGGAUAGUUUAUGGAGGUGUCACUGGCGGGGUAUCCGUGUACGGGCCCACGGGCAAGCAGCUCGGCCUUAUCAAGGUUUCGGAUGACGAUGUCGCGGUGAACAUGGUGUGGGCCGACGACUGGCUUUACAUUGCUGGAAGAGACUAUCUUUAUCGGGUUAGGUUGAACGCUCGAGGGGUGCAGACCUUUUAG